AUGGGCCGAAGACCGCUGAGUGUCCGGAAGCAUCCCUGCGAUGCACUGCUGUGGAGCUGGGGCCGAUCUGGUUCACAGGAUACUCCGCGCUCUGCUUUGGGCGCCCUUUUCCGGUUUGCCAUCGUAGGAGUACUACUGUACCUAGUGACCGUACUCAGUGAGUCAAAUGAAGUAAGUGGUCAGUGGAGCUGGAUCCACUGGGCCCAGCGCCGCCAUUUUGCCGCCCAGCGAUGUUGCCUGGCCGAUGCACCGCCGAGGACCGGAGGGGUCAGCUGA